AUGGCUGAUGACGAAUGUGAGCACCUAUUUUCAAUGACUCACUCACGAACACCAGAAGGGCGUUACAUGGUGCGCUUACCAAUACGAUCUAAUGCUCCACCACUUGCCUCCGAUAUACAAAUGCGUACCCAAUAUGUGGAGUUUAUGAGGGAAUACAUCGACUUAGGGCAUAUGGGAGCCUUAGGUAUCGCCAAUGAUUCUCCUCGUACAUAUUACAUCCCGCAUCACGCCGUGAUGGAGAAGUUCCGCGUCGUUUUUAAUGCCUCAGCGCCAACGUCAACCGGUGUUUCGCUUAACGAUGUACAGCUGGUGGGUCCAACUAUUCAAGUCUCGCUGAUGGAUAUUAUUUUCCGAUUUCGACGUUACGAAAUUUCUCUCACGGCUGACGUUGAAAAGAUGUUUCGCCAGGUGUUAGUGGCACCGGAAGAUAGAGAUCUUCAACGGAUCUUAUGGCGCGACUCACCCAUCGAGGAAGUUACCAUAUAUCAGCUGAAAACGGUAACAUAUGGCUUGGCGUGCAGCCCAUAUAAUGCGGUGCGAUCAUUGCGUCAGUGCUCAGUCGACAACUAUAGCGUGGUGAGCGAUCCUAAUCAGGCCGAUUCGGCGCGCAGUGCCAUUCUUUCCUCAUUUUACGUCGAUGACUUUCUCACAAGCUGUGCUGCGGUUAGCGAGGCGGUUACGUUGGCGAAUAACGUGUCGACGAUUUUAUCGGCAGGCUGUUUCACGCUUCGAAAGUGGAACUCGAAUAGAGCUGCCGUACUCGAACAAAUAGGUGAAUCCUCCUCAGUAGCUGAACACAACAUUGACGCCCCCAUAGCUACAGUGCUAGGCCUGCUCUGGGACCCCGCAAGGGACGAGCUGUUGUUCAAGGUAUCUCUUAACCACUAUGAUGGACUCCUGACGAAGCGGCGAGUUCUUAGUGAAGUAGCCCAGCUGUAUGAUCCCACUGGAUUUUUGGCGCCGGUCGUUAUAUCAGGCAAGGUAUUUAUACAGAGUCUUUGGGCCUCGGGUGUAUGUUGGGAUACUCCACUACCUCAAGAUCUGUGCCGAAUUUGGUCGAAAUUCCGCGGUGAUUUGGUUACCCUCAAUAAAGUUCGAGAACCUCGAUGGCUGGGUAUGAGUACAACUAAUCCGACUACUCUUUAUGGAUUUUGUGACGCCAGUCAGAAGGCAUACGCUGCGGUGGUUUACGCACAUACGAAUGACACUGAUGGAAGUGUGCUGGUAUCGCUGCUCACUGCUCGUACGAAGGUUGCGCCGCUUAAGGGCACCACGAUCCCUAGACUGGAACUGAGUGGAGCACUUCUGUUGGCUAAAACGAUUGGCACGGUUCGCAGGGCACUAAGUUUGGAGGAGGCUUCUGUGUAUUUGUUGUCGGACUCCAGUGUAGUCCUGUCUUGGCUACGCAAACAGCCAAUUUUGUUGAAACCCUAUGUCGCCAACAGGGUCCGCCAAAUACAACAACUGACUUCUACUGAUUGCUGGCACUAUGUACGUUAUGCCCAGAAUCCAGCGGAUUGCGCCAGCCGUGGUGUAACUCCAACAGAGCUGUUGAGCCACAAUUUAUGGUGGACAGGUCCAGAUUGGCUGCGGCAGAAGCAAACACCCUUUGAUUCGGCGCCCGAGUUACAGGCUGACGAACGCGUUGCUGCGAACAGUGAGGAAAGGGUCAGAAUUCUUACGUUCGUGUCCUCUAUUCAAUAUCAGCAUACCACACGACUCAUCGAUGGGCGCCAGAUUCCAUUAACACAACGGUAUAGUUCCAUAAAACGACUCCUCCGAACUACAGCUAUAAUCCUCCGCUGGUUACCAAGGCAACGCCUUCUCCGGCAGAGUAUUGUGACAACGGCAGAGAUGGAUGGCGCGCUUGAAUUGCUCAUUCGUAUUGAUCAAGCGUCCGCGUUUCCUCGAGACUUACAUUAUUUGCGAGAAGGAACAACUUUACCAAAUUCAAGCCCACUGCUCCCAUUUAACCCAUACUUGGAUGACCAUGGCAUCAUAAGGGUAGGUGGACGCAUUACUAACUCCGCGUUGCUAGAAGAACAUCGCCACCCAACUAUACUUCCGGAGGUCAGCGAUUUAGUUAGGCUGCUCAUACACCAAGUUCACAUCGACACACUUCACGGUGGUACACAAUUAAUGCUACAGACUCUGCGGUACCGAUUUUGGAUUAUCAAUGGCAGGCAAGCGGUACGCAGCGUCAUCCAUAAGUGCGUGAUUUGCAGACGACACCGUGGAGCUACUAUUAGGCAACAGAUGGCCUCAUUACCACGACAACGAGUCAACGUAGCACGACCAUUCCUGGCGUCAGGCGUGGACUACUGUGGGCCUUUCACGAUACNCGGAAAUUCCAGUUAA